GCUGUGGGGACAGCCUCUUAUACACAUGCCAGAUCCAGUUUCCGCAUUUCUGGGAAGUGAGGAUCGUGCAAGUGCUAGCGGCUAGGCGGCAAGCAAGCAAGGCGCAAGGAACAGAACUUUGUUUUCUUAGCGCGGGAGCUGAGGAUCAAAAAGCAGCCAUGGGAGGAAGAUGUGGGGAAGGCUUGAAGCCCUACUACAAGGGAAAGAUUGAGGAACUGGAGAUCCUGGUCCGUGAGAAGACCCAGAAUCUGCGGCGGCUGGAGGCGCAAAGGAAUGAGUUGAACACCAAAGUCCGCUUGCUCCGGGAGGAGCUGCAGCUGCUACAGGAGCCUGGGUCGUAUGUAGGGGAGGUCGUGAAGGUGAUGGGAAAGAACAAGGUGCUCGUCAAGGUGCACCCCGAGGGAAAGUACGUCGUCGACAUUGACAAGAACAUUGACAUCACGAAGUGCACACCCACCGUCAGAGUGGCGCUGCGGAAUGACUCUUAUCAGUUGCACCUGAUCCUGCCCAGCAAGGUGGACCCUCUGGUCAGCCUGAUGAAAGUGGAGAAGGUCCCCGACUCCACGUACGACAUGAUUGGCGGGCUUGACCAGCAGAUCAAGGAGAUCAAGGAGGUGAUUGAGCUCCCCAUCAAGCACCCGGAGCUGUUUGAGAGCCUGGGGAUUGCGCAACCGAAGGGAGUGCUGCUGUAUGGGCCUCCAGGGACAGGCAAGACGCUGCUGGCGAGGGCGGUGGCGCAUCACACUGACUGCACCUUCAUCCGCGUGUCCGGUUCCGAGCUCGUCCAGAAGUACAUCGGCGAGGGGUCCCGCAUGGUGCGCGAGCUGUUUGUGAUGGCGCGCGAGCACGCGCCGUCCAUCAUCUUCAUGGACGAGAUCGACUCCAUUGGGUCCGCGCGGAUGGAGUCCGGCGGCGGCGGCGACUCGGAGGUGCAGCGCACGAUGCUCGAGCUGCUGAACCAGCUGGACGGGUUCGAGGCCACCAACAAGAUCAAGGUCCUCAUGGCCACAAACCGGAUUGACAUCUUAGACCCCGCCCUCCUGCGGCCAGGUAGAAUAGACCGGAAGAUCGAGUUCCCGAAUCCGACAGAGGAGUCACGAGCGGACAUUCUGAGGAUCCACUCGCGGAAGAUGAACCUCACACGUGGGAUUGAUCUCAAGAAAGUUGCAGAGAAGCUGCCUGGCGCUUCAGGAGCAGAGCUGAAGGCUGUGUGUACAGAAGCCGGCAUGUUCGCUUUGCGGGAGCGCCGGAUCCAUGUCACUCAGGAGGACUUCGAUAUGGCGGUAGGAAAGGUGAUGAAGAAGGAUACGGAUAAGAACAUGAGCUUGAAGAAGCUGUGGAAGUAACUUUGUGCAUACUCACCAAUUCAUUCUUACACAAUUAGACUGACAGCACGUGUCAGGGCAGCAUACGUCCAUCUUUCAAUCUUGUCGCAGCCAUUGAUGUGCCGCUUUCCAACCCCACAGUGACUGCAACACAUAUUGUCUCUGGCAUGUGCGCAAGUUGAC